AUGACAGAACACCGAUUGCCAGUCAAGCAACUGGUAAUUCUUUCAAUAUGUCGCUUCGCCGAACCCAUCGCCUUGACCUCGGUGUUUCCAUACCUCCCCGAGCUUAUGGAAUCCUUCGGCGUUCCUGAAAACGACAUCGCACGAUGGGCGGGCAUCUCGUCCGCCACAUUUUCCAUAUGCCAAGCUGUGACAGGACUCUUCUGGGGCGCUGCGUCAGACCGAUAUGGGAGGAAACCAACAAUCUUAAUAGGGCUGUUCAACACCAUGUGGGCAAUGCUGCUCUGGGGCUUCUCGGUCAAUUUGCCCAUGGCUCUAGCGGCGCGCGCCCUACAAGGUUUAACAAAUGGGAAUGUGGGCAUCUUGCGCACAAUGGUAGCGGAGCUAUGCCCAUGGAAGGAGUUACAGCCGAGAGCCUUCUCCAUCAUGCCUUUGGUAUAUACGGUUGCCGCCAUUUUCGGCCCGACGCUGGGAGGAGCACUCGCAAAUCCUCUGAGAAUAGACCCACGCAAACCAAGGGGCAAUAGCUUCUUGGAGAGAUUCCCGUACGUCUUACCAAAUCUCGCGGCAGCAGCCUUCUUCGCAUGUGGAAUCGUCGUGGGUUGGCUGUUCCUGAAGGAGACUUUGGAGAGUAAGAGACACAAACAGGAUCUGGGGCUGAGGACGGGUGCGAAGCUCACCGCCUUCGUUCGCAAGACGUUGAACAUGCCGAAGAAGCAGAAGGAAUUAUCACCUGAGCGUGAACCGCUACUUGGGCAGCAAAAAGCCUUCGAUGACCAGUCUACAGCACGGCUUGGCGUUGCAAGUGAAAUCAUCAAGGAGGGCUCUCCAAAGAUUCGCGAUGUCCUCACAUACCAGACCACACUAAACCUAGUCGUGUACACACUACUGGCACUGUACACACUCGCGUUCGAUCAGCUACUUCCAGUACUCCUGCACCAUCCUCCCCAAUCCUUGGACGACCCCAACGUUCGCCUUCCUCUGAAAUUUGCGGGCGGCUUCGGCAUCGACUCCCGCCGCAUUGGCGCAAUCUUUACCUUCUUCGCCGUCUCCUCCACUCUUAGCCAGUUUCUCCUCUUCCCACCCUUGGCCCGACACCUAGGUGUUCUUCGCUGUCUGCGCAUCGCAUUUUUUGCGUUCCCCUGUGUCUUCUUCAUUACACCAUUUAUUACCCUUAUCCCCGACCCAACAAUGAAGCAAGUCGCGAUGGUGGCGCUGUUGAUGUUUAGGGGCAUGUGUGGAACUUUUGCGUUUCCAACAAGCACGAUCAUGUUGACGAAUAGCGCAAGCAGUCUGCGCAUCCUUGGUACCCUCAACGGUUUCGCAACAAGCAUGUCAGCCAUAGGACGCGCUGCCGGUCCUAUCAUUGGUGGUGGACUCUUCUCUUGGGGCGUCAAGCGCGGAUAUGUGAUUGUUCCAUUUUGGGUAUUGUCUGCUAUUGCGUUCCUUGCAUUAAUACCAACGUUCUGGCUGGUGGAAGGCAAAGGCUUUGGCGAUGAUCCGGAUUCGGAUGAAGAGAGCCUCACCUUGGCCGAAGACGACGCGGGGGAGCAAAAUACAAGACCUCGUUCCAUCGACACGGAUGAUGAAGCAGCGUUGUCGGAAUCAGAGUUCGGGGAACUAGGGGAGCCACCGAAUUUGCUGAGCUACACGAGCACACGAUCUAGCAUAGCAGACGUGUCUGACGACGGAGCUGACCACAACGGUGACGAGGCAUACAGUGAUCGGAGGAGAUCGUCCAAUGCCCUCCACCAUAGGAGUCAUUCACACAGCGGGCACACAAGAGGUGUGAGGAGAAGAACAUCUGUGCCAAUUGGGAUGGGCAUAGGCUUCCGACGUUAUAGCUCGAAUCUAGGCGCCACGGGGAUUGGGGCUGCAGGUACGAGCUGGGGAGGGACUUGA